CUUGUCUCUCCCACAGUCCCACUCCACUGACAAACCUCACCAGCCGUCCUCUGUUUUUCACUUUGUGUCCAAUCAUGGCUGCUACACUUUCUUCUUCUUUGAUUCAACCCUUAGGUCUCUCAUUCACCUCCAAAAACUCACCCCACAAACCCACCUUCUUCACCGCCACCACCAUCAAAGCAUCUGUCUCUUCUUCUGCUUCCAGAAACUCCAACACCAUCCGUGACGAGGCCCGCCUCCACAAUGUGAUCCACACCCACCAUUUAUCCGCAAAGUACGUUCCUUUCAACGCGCCUCCGUCGUGUGAAGAGUCAUACUCGCUGGACGAGAUCAUCUACCGGUCUCAAUCCGGCGGUCUAUUGGACGUUCAGCAUGACAUGCAGGCGUUGAAACAAUACGAUGGGAAGUAUUGGAAGAACCUUUUUGACUCGAGAGUUGGGAAGACCACGUGGCCUUAUGGAUCAGGAGUUUGGUCAAAGAAAGAAUGGGUUUUGCCUGAGAUUGAUGGUGAUGAUAUAGUGAGUGCUUUUGAAGGGAACUCGAACCUUUUCUGGGCUGAGAGAUACGGUAAAGAGUACCUGAAGAUGAAUGAUUUGUGGGUGAAACAUUGUGGGAUAAGUCAUACUGGGAGUUUUAAGGAUCUAGGUAUGACUGUUUUGGUGAGUCAAGUGAAUAGGUUGAAGAAGAUGAAGAAACCGGUUGUGGGAGUUGGUUGUGCUUCAACUGGGGACACAUCAGCAGCUUUAUCUGCUUAUUGUGCGGCUGCAGGUAUUCCUUCUAUUGUGUUUUUGCCUGCUAAUAAGAUUUCUAUUGCUCAGUUGGUGCAACCUAUUGCAAAUGGUGCUUUUGUGUUGAGUCUCGACACUGAUUUUGAUGGGUGUAUGCAGUUGAUAAGGGAGGUAACAUCUGAGUUGCCUAUUUAUUUGGCUAAUAGUUUAAAUAGUUUGAGGUUAGAGGGACAAAAGACCGCUGCAAUUGAGAUAUUGCAGCAGUUUGAUUGGGAGGUGCCUGAUUGGGUGAUAGUUCCUGGAGGUAAUCUGGGGAACAUUUAUGCAUUUUAUAAAGGUUUUAAUAUGUGUAAAGAGUUGGGGCUUGUUGAUAGACUUCCUAGACUUGUUUGUGCACAAGCUGCAAAUGCUAAUCCACUUUACUUAUAUUAUAAGUCAGGUUGGAAGGAUUUUAAACCUGUUAGGGCUUGUAAUACUUUUGCAUCUGCUAUUCAGAUUGGUGAUCCGGUUUCAAUUGAUAGAGCCGUUUAUGCAUUGAAAAAUUGUGAUGGGAUUGUUGAGGAGGCUACUGAGGAAGAAUUGAUGGAUGCUAUGGCACAGGCUGAUUCUACUGGCAUGUUCAUUUGCCCUCAUACUGGGGUGGCUUUGACAGCUUUGAAUAAGCUUCGGAAUAGGGGGGUUAUCAGGAAGACUGAUAGAACAGUGGUGGUGAGCACUGCUCAUGGUUUGAAGUUUACACAGAGUAAGAUUGAUUAUCACUCAAAGGAUAUUAAGGACAUGGCAUGCCGGUUUGCUAAUCCUCCUGUGAGUGUGAAGGCAGAUUUUGGGUCAGUUAUGGAUGUUUUACAGAAAUAUUUGUUGAGCAAAGUGCCUAAGUAUUAAGCCCAUGAGCAAGGCAACAGUUAUUUAUGUACUGUACUCUAUCCCUUCUCUGUUAGGCAGAAGGAACUCUGCUCUUAAACAGUCUUGCUAGUAUUUGGAAUUGUCUCAGUAUGUAGUCUUUGUUAGAGAAGCCAUUUGUAGGGCAGUAUUGCCAGUUUUGGUCCAACUAUCUAUCGUUAGGUUAAAAUGGAAACAUUUUUCUGUUCUUUUCCUAUUGUGUCUCUUUCUUAAUCAAAUAUUAAUUUGUCAGCAGGAGAAAUCAUAUUGCUCAUUAAAAAUUUCAAUUACAAUUUUUUUUUUGCUCAAGAAUUUGUUCACUUUCUUUCUGAUAAUUGAGCAUACUGAAUGUUUAUCUGAUUACUGGUAAGUAGAAGUGAUUUUUCUUUUUGAUUUACCCAUCAUCGUGGCUGUGAAAUUUGAUUUCAAUUUAUGAAAUAAGUUUUGAUGUGCAAUUCAUUGAGCUUUGCUGCUGAAAUUAUUAUUAAAACUUGCUCCUCGACAGAAAUUGCAGAGGAAGUACCCCGUAGAAUUCAUUUUUUGACCCUGUAUUCAAUCUUUCAUUGAUUUCAGACAUAAUAUGGCUGUUCCAUGUUUUUUAGAAAGAAAUAUGAUAGGUACCUGGAUGUGCCUUAAUCUGGACUGCUGAAGCUUGAAGAAAUUCCAGCAACUAUUCUCAUUGCCGUGGACAGAUAGUACAAACAUUGGAGUAUUUGCUGAUGAUGUGUAUUGUGUUCGUUGAUGUGAAUAUGUAAUGUACUGGAUAAGAGUUAUUGUAAUCAAAAGAAAGCCAAUGUAUUGUGUUUGUGUCGUGUUCGUAUUGCUUAAAUUACUGAAAUAGAAAUAAGUGUUGUUUA